UCAGUGAUGAAGCCGCAAUGGCGGGUUCUAUAGAGAUUCCGCUGCGUGACACGGACGAGGUAAUAGAACUCUACCUAGAUCAGUUACCAGAAGGUGAUGAAGUUCUUGGAAUUUUACGCCAAGAACAUGCACAACUUAAUAUCUGGGUCAAUUUGGCCCUUGAAUAUUACAAACAACAUAAAAUCGAAGAUUUUAUUAAGAUACUUGAAUCUUCUCGUAUUGAUGCUAAUAUCGAUUAUCGUGACUAUGAGAAAGAUCAAAUGCGUGCAUUGGACAUGUUGGCCGCAUAUUAUGUGCAAGAGGCCAACAGGGAAAAAAAUAAAGAUAAGAAAAGAGAUCUGUUCACAAAAGCCACGCUACUGUAUACGACUGCUGAUAAGAUCAUUAUGUAUGACCAGAAUCAUUUACUUGGCCGAGCUUACUUUUGCCUCUUGGAAGGCGACAAAAUGGAUCAAGCAGAUGCCCAAUUUAAUUUUGUACUGAAUCAAUCUCCAAAUAAUAUCCCAUCUUUACUCGGUAAAGCGUGUAUAGCAUUCAAUAAGAAAGAUUAUCGGGGUGCACUUGCCUUCUAUAAAAAGGCAUUGAGGACAAAUCCAAACUGCCCAGCUGCUGUAAGAUUAGGAAUGGGACACUGUUUCAUGAAGUUGAACAAUCAGGAAAAAGCACGUUUAGCAUUUGAAAGAGCUCUACAAUUAGAUGGCCAGUGUGUCGGAGCACUGGUUGGACUUUCAGUUUUGAAACUGAAUCAACAACAACCAGAUAGUAUCAGAACCGGUGUACAAAUGUUGUCUAAAGCUUACACGAUCGAUUCAACGAAUCCUAUGGUGUUGAAUCAUUUAGCAAAUCAUUUCUUCUUUAAGAAAGAUUAUAACAAAGUACAGCACUUGGCAUUGCAUGCAUUUCACAAUACCGAAAAUGAAGCUAUGCGUGCAGAGAGUUGCUAUCAAUUAGCUAGAGCAUUCCAUGUUCAAGGCGACUAUGAUCAAGCAUUUCAGUACUAUUAUCAAGCAACGCAAUUUGCUCCUCCAGUUUUUGUAUUGCCCCACUUUGGUUUAGGUCAAAUGUACGUUUAUCGUGGGGACGCAGAAAAUGCAGCACAGUGUUUUGAGAAAGUAUUGAAAGCUCAACCUGGUAACUAUGAAACGAUGAAAAUUCUCGGAUCGUUAUACGCGAAUUCGAGUUCACAAUCGAAACGCGAUAUCGCUAAAAAUCAUCUUCGCAAAGUAACAGAACAAUUUCCGGACGAUGUCGAAGCAUGGAUUGAAUUAGCUCAAAUAUUGGAACAAAGUGACCUUAACGCAGCCUUAAAUGCAUACGGUACUGCAACUAGAAUUUUGAAAGAAAAAGUUCAGGCGGAUAUACCGCCCGAAAUUUUAAAUAACGUUGGAGCUUUACAUUAUAGACUUGGGAAUUUAGAAGAGGCUAGAAAAAAUUUGGAAGAAUCUUUAGCGCGUUCUAAAGCCGAUGCCUUACAUGAUUCUGUGUACUAUAACUCAAUCGCGGUUACAACAACGUAUAAUUUAGCACGUCUGAACGAAGCUUUAUGCGUCUUCGAUAAAGCGGAGAAACUAUACAAAGACAUUUUGAAAGAACAUCCGAAUUAUGUGGAUUGUUAUUUACGACUUGGUUGUAUGGCUCGGGAUAAAGGUCAAAUUUAUGAAGCGUCCGAUUGGUUUAAGGACGCAUUGAGAAUAAACAAUGAACAUCCAGAUGCAUGGUCUCUUUUGGGUAACUUGCAUUUAGCCAAAAUGGAGUGGGGCCCCGGUCAGAAGAAAUUCGAAAGAAUUCUCAAAAAUCCAUCGACAAGUACCGAUGCUUACUCUUUGAUUGCUUUGGGUAACAUCUGGUUACAAACAUUGCAUCAAAGCGGUAAGGAUAAAGAACGGGAAAAACGUCAUCAAGAUAGAGCGCUGGCUAUGUAUAAACAGGUUUUGCGAAAUGAUCCUAAAAAUAUUUGGGCGGCGAACGGAAUCGGGGCUGUAUUAGCGCAUAAAGGCUGUGUGAAUGAAGCCAGAGAUAUUUUCGCUCAAGUUCGAGAGGCAACAGCAGAAUUUUGCGAUGUUUGGUUAAACAUUGCACACAUUUAUGUUGAGCAGAAACAAUUCGUUAGUGCUAUUCAAAUGUAUGAAAAUUGUCUUCGUAAAUUCUACAAAUAUCAUCACGUCGAAGUUUUGCAAUACCUCGGAAGAGCUUACUUCAAGGCUGGUAAAUUGAAAGAAGCAAAGUUGACGUUGUUAAAGGCAAGAAGAGUAGCACCACAGGAUACAGUUCUGUUGUACAAUAUUGCGCUUGUACUUCAACGUUUGGCGACACAAAUUUUGAAAGACGAAAAGUCAACGUUGACAACCGUAUUGCAAGCAGUCCAUGAACUGGGACUUUCGCAUAAGUAUUUCCAAUACUUAUCUACACACGGCGACAGAAUGGAACAGUUGGCAGAAACGGAAGCAAGGAGAUGUCAGGACUUGUUAUCGCAAGCACAGUACCACGUUGCCCGGGCUAGGAGAUUGGACGAGGAGGAAAAGAUGCUUAGACGAAAACAGGAAGAAGAAAGACAAGCAUUCAAAAUGCGUCAGACGGAGGAACAAAGAAAACUUGAAGAAAUGCGUCGUCAAAAGGAGGAAGAAAUGUUACAGAAACGGCAAGAAUAUGUUGAAAAGACCAAGAACGCUUUAGUGUUUGGAGAAAUGCCAUCAGAGAAGCCUGGAAAGAAAGGAAAAAGAGUCCGUACUGAUCAAUACGUUAGCGACAGUGGUGGUUCUGGUAGAGACGAAGGAAGAGAAGAAGCUCCACGGGAAAGGAAACGAAAGAGGAAAGCUAGCGGUGAACGCAAAGAAAGGAAAGGCAAAGGUCAGAGAAGACGUAAGAAGGAAAUGGCGAGUGGAGAAAGCGGUUCUGAAAGCGAUCGACCCAAACCAAAACGUGGAAGGAAAGCUGGAGCUAAUAAGAAAGACAAAGUAUCUCGAAAGAGUACUACCGAGACUAUGAAGGGCAAGAUGCCAUUGUCUAAAGAGACUAUUUCGACAAGUGAAUCCGACAGUGAUUCAGGAGGUCUUAAAAUUGCUAGCGGAGGGGAAAGCGGUAACGAAGGUGGCCGUGCUCGCGGCAGGAGAAUCAGAUCCGAAUCCGAAGGUUCCCGUGCCUCAGGAUCUAGAUCUCGCUCUAGAUCGAAAUCCAGAAGUCGUUCCAGAAGUACUUCACGAUCGCGUUCACGAUCAGCUUCACGAUCGCGUUCUCGCUCGCGUUCCCAAUCUCGAUCUCAGUCUCGGUCCGUCUCGCGAUCUCAGUCCCGCUCAGUGUCGCGAUCUCGGUCCCGGUCCAGGUCCCGAUCAGGCUCAAAAUCGAGAAGUCAAUCGCGAUCGAGAAGUCCGUCGAGAUCAAGAUCAGGCUCAGCCAAGAGCGGAUCUCGUUCAAGAUCAGGUUCCAGGUCCAGAUCUGGUUCAAGAAAGAGUCAAUCUCGGUCAAGGUCGCGUAGUGGUUCAAGGAAAAGCGGAUCUCAUCCGCGAUCGAGAUCAGGAUCGGCAGCUAGUGGAUCGAGAUCGAGAUCGGGAUCUCCCGUUGGUUCUGGGAAAGCUGGAUCACGGUCGAGGUCAAGAUCAAGGUCUAGAAGCGGUUCGCAGUCGGACGAACGAAAAUCCAGAAGCAAAAGCCGAUCGAAGUCCAAAUCUGUGUCGAGAUCCAGGUCACGUUCCAGGUCAAAGAGCGGUUCACGAAGUCGAAGUCCCAGUGGUUCAGCACGGUCUGCCACUCCAGAAUCCAGGAAAUCCGUUUCGGGCAGCGACGUUGGUUCACGUCACUCGAGUUCAGAUCGAGGUGGCGGGAGCGAGAGCGAGUAAAUCCAAUGUUAGAAUUGAAAUAAUUAGCAUCAUUCGCGAAAGGUUCACUUUAAUUGUGCAUUAUACACUUUUGUAUGGAUAAAGUUUACCGAUGGUAAUUCUCGCGAAACAUUUCACAACUCGUGCUAUAUUCGGAAAAAAAGGAUGCUUCGGAGCGAUCGCUAGAUUCCGCGAAAACAGUUGAGGAUUCUAGAUUACGAAUGGUUCGAUCACUUUUCGAGAUUAUCAAAGUAUACAUGCGGAAUGAACGAUUUAAUGUGAACGAUGAAUUUUUUGUCGUUGUAAGUCUAUCGAUUCACGACAGAUUGUAAUUUUAUUAGAGGGAUACGAUGAUUUCACGUGUAAGUUCAAUUUAUAUAAACACUCGUUUUGCUUCAUCAUUAGUUUGUUGUUGAUAUUUUGUACAAUAAACAGAUAGUUUUAAUUGAAAGUGCACAUUUAAGUUGAUUUAAUAUUAAACGAAAGACAAGUUGUAGAA